CGCGGGCGGGGCGGUGCUGCCGGCUCCUGCGGGUGCUGCCGGCUCCUGCCCCGCCGAGGCUCUGCCCCCCGGGAUGAUGCUGGUUAUUUAUUGCGCUGCCCAGCACGGGCUGUCCCCAGGGCUCGGUGUCCCCUUUCAGCGCCGUUCGCGUGUCCUUGAAGCGGCGGUGCCGCCCGUGGGCUCCCCGGCACCGGCCCGCAGCCUGGAGCCUCCCCAGCACAUGCAGCAGGGACUCGAGGCGCUUCUGCUUUGGCCACCCGCUGAUCCAUCCCGGGGUCCCCCUUUCCUAAACAUCGCUCUGUUCUGGGAACACCUGUGAGAGAACAACUCUGCCCGAUGCCCUCAGAACAUGUCUGAUUGGACAAGUCUGUGGUAUGUCUGGUUGAUCUUGCUGCUGGUGUUCCUGCUGCUGCUCUGUGGGGUCUCAGCGAGCUGCAUCAAAUUCUGCUGCCGCAAGAAGAGGCUCCCGGUGGAGAGCUUCCCUCGGCACCCCUGUGACCUGGCAGUGAUUGGCAUUGACAGUGACAGCACUGCCCACAGCACAGUGACCUCAUACAGCUCAUGGCAGUACCCUCCAAGUGUCCAGAUUCCUUUGGUAUUUGUGGAUAUGGAUAAGAACACUGUGUCCCCUCCAGCUUACAGCCUCUAUGCCAUGGACCUGCCUCCUUCCUAUGAUGAAGCUGUUCAAAUGGGAAAGCAAGUGGCACGGACAAACCAGAAACUUAAUGACAUCCCUGAACAGGUGACACCAGGAGGGCUGAAUCCCAGCCAGUCCCCACCUGACACAAUCAACAGAGAUCCAGCAACACAGGCAAAUUCAGAAGAUUCAGAAGAUGCCACAAAAGAACAGCCACAGGUCUGACUCAGCUCAGAUGGGGAGUAAAGGGAAGGACUGUAAGAGUUAAAGAAGACAUGAAGAGUUUGGGUUUAUUAGUAGGUUAUGAUGGAAAGAUGUUUCUUCUCAUGCCCCUGUAAUGAUCUGUCAGAAGAAAUGUUUUCUGAGACUGCUGUAAUCCCCUGGUAAAGCUUCUUCAAGGAUAUGAAAUGAGGUAAAAGGGCAGCAGUUUAAAAAUGCCUGUAAAAGUGGGACGUGAAUGCGUGUUCAUCUUCUGAUAAAAAAAUUGUUCCUUAUGUCCAGCAAUAAAAAAGGUCAGGAGAA